CGACUCCAUCUUCUUCCCAUUCAUCUUCAAGCCCUCUUCCGCCUUCCGUUUGCUCCAGAGUCUCCUGAGAGUCAUUUACCCUGCCUUUUCUUUUCUCCCCUGCUAAAAUCCCUAAUCAGCCUUGGUCUUUCCACGACCAGCUAACGAGGAAAUUCUCAUCUCAAAGCAAUUGCAAUAGGUAGCCAUUUCCAGGGUUCUUUUCCGCAUUGCUAGAAGCCAAAUUUCUCUACCAUGAGGUACACUGAUGAGAUCGAUCACCGCAGCCACCCACACAACCUGAAGCCCGAGGACAGCAAGGUCCUGUUCAGAUGCAACGGGUGCAAGGAGGACGGCAUCGGGUUAUGCUACCGCUGCGACCAGUGCAAAUUCGACCUUCACUUCCACUGCGCCAUCACAUCUGAGAGGAUGUCUCACCCCUGCUACCCCAAUUGCUCCUUCCAGUUCAAGUCGAAGCCCCCGAAGGGGAAGCUCCGCCAAUGCAAUGCAUGCGGGAAGGACGUGAAUGGCUUCUUCUACCGCUGCCAGGAAAAAAAAGGGGUCUACCUCCACCCCUGCUGUGCAAAGCUGCCAAAGCACCUGGACGGCGGCGAGGUGAAGCUCUCCUUGUGGAUGGCGGUGAGUACGCCUUGCCAUAAGUGUGAGAAGAAAAGGAAUAGCUGGAUCUAUAGGUCCAGCUGCAAGGGGUACACUUUGCAUGUUGCUUGUUGGAGGGAGAUGCUGGUGGAGAGUUGGUGGAAAGGCCGCGGUGGUACUACGAGUGGGGUUCCGACUGGAGUCCCCUGCUUGAAGGACAGGCCCCAGACACCACAUAAGAUGAGCAAGAGCAAGAGCAAGAAGAAGAAGUGGUGUGAGAUGCUUCGUUUGGCUCUUCAAUUCCUGAUAUCUGCGGUGUUAGGUGACCCGACGACCUUUAUUGCUGGCGUUUUUGUCUCGCUUAUGUCUCGAGCAUGACCGGUGAUGUGUUGAUCGAGGGUGGACGAUGAAUUUGCUUUUUAAGGAUGUAAAGAACGUGGAUGUGAAACGAUUUGGAUGGUGUUUAGAUGGUGCGUGUAUGCUAUUAGAAAUUAAACCAAAUUCAUCGAUGCUUAGAUACUUUUGAAAAAGAGUCAAAAUUGCAUCGUUAUCUUUAAUGAGUUUGUUCGUCGUUA